AUGUAUUUAUACCACUAAAUAUAACCAAAAAGCUACAGUCUCUUUCCGUAAACAGCCAGUAUUCAAAUGACACAUAUCUUAAUCAUCUUGUUUGAGAUCGGAACUCAUGAAUAUAAGUAUAUCUUGGUACAUGUCCUAACUUUGAUUGCAGCCUUUGGUCCGAGCAAUACCGGGAAAUAUCUGCUGUUGUUUUCCAACUGAAAGUACAAAUCUUUUCCGAGCUCCACAUAAUAAAGACAGGCUCUUGAUAAUCCAUGGAAACUUGCCCGAUAUUUCAUCUAAUCAGUUUCGAACUCAUUGCACCUGGAUGGAACAUAGUGGAUAAUGGUAAUGGAUAGACAAGCGAUGUCUAAAAUUUUUUAGAAACAAAAACUUGUCCCGGGCACAUCCGGUUAGGAUACUUAUACAAAUGCAUACUCCUUAAAUUAAGUAGAAAUGACUGCAUCAGGGUAGCCUUGAUAUUCCUGUUGUGAAUUUCAUGCAGGGCGACAAUGGAAAGCCAUUCGCAAUCAUUGCUGUGACUCGAUUGUGAGAAGUACAUUGAAAAGUUUAAAGUUUAUAAAAAUCAAGAAGGAUUCUGAAAUAAUUGUACAGUCCUCACGAUGGAGCCUCCAAAGCGUAAGGCUCAUAAGAACGCGAUUAUAACAAAUCUUUUACGUGCUAACCCUGCAAAGGUAAUCCCCGUAAAAGUGCCGAAAACGAGAUCGAUGUACACCCAAACAGAGGCGAUAAAGGCAAAUAGUUUGGAAGACGUACUGCGACCCAAGGUAAAGUUGGCUCAGCAGGAGAAGGGGCCGGCAUUCAAGGAGGACUCGCCUGCCGGCGAUGCAGAGAAGCGACUCACCAAGAAUAAGGCAUGUCAGACCCAAAAAGUUUCGCUAAAGCGCGGCAAGCCAGAUACACCGAUAGAUCCCCAGAAGGCCACAAUGCUCAAAAGGCGAAAAAUGGCCAUUGACGUGGAUAGAGCUCGUCUCAAGAAGCUCUUAGAUGAGAUUAACAGCGAUCCGCCGCCCAGUUGGCACAAGGCCUCGAUCAUGUGGCUGGAUGUGGAUGUCUUAGAGCGUCGCAUCGAGGAAUUCGAGCAGGAGGAAACCGCAAAGAAAACUGGGACAGCUUAGCAAACGGAGGAGUACAUAAAAAGCGAUCAAAUUCAAACAAGCAGACACACAUUAUGAGCUACAUAAAUUGAUUAGUUUAAAAAUAAUAUUUAAGCACCGAUAGACAAAUAGCCUUAUUACAAAUGUUAAUUACCAAAAAUAUUAUAAAUUAAUUUUAUAAUAAGACAUGUACUUGAUCAGGACGAAUAACUGGUUCAAUCUAGUCAUUUCCAUAUGUGCGUCUCGGAUCUGAAAUUUAAAAUUUUGUUUUUUUUAUAGAUUUCGAUCGACAAACUAUAUUUUCCUAUGUGAUAUGCUGAGAACUUUGGCUAGAAUAAUGAGAUGUCGAUGGAAGAAUUUCUCUUCUGUUACACGAAAUCGAGCUAGCUCUGAGACAAACUUAUUUUUAGCGCUCAAGAAAAAGCAGCUAGAUCAGAAGUUGGGAGUUGCACGUUUUACGUUAUUUCCCGAUAAGGCUUCAUUGGGAAC